UUUAAUUUAGUCCCUCUGUGUAACUGAGUUGGACCUGCUGAUCUGAGGUCAGAACAGGACAGCAUUCGGACCCCCAGUGUGUAGAAAUCCCCCUCAUGUGAAGAAGGAGGUUAAAGUCCUGGUAAGUCAGUUGUCCUAGAAGAGGAUAGAUUACCUGAAAAAGUGAUGAUUGGGUAUGUCAGUUAUUCAAUAAGGCAAUAUAUUCCUCCACCAACCAGAUGCUGCAAAUGUUAAAGGUUUGGACAGAUUGCUGCUGCUUGCAGAGCUAAAGCUAGGUGUGCUAAGUGUGGAGGGGAGCAUGAGUAUAAAAAAUGUUCUGAAGGAACUAAGUUAAAGUUUGUGGUGGGGAACAUAGUGCUGCAUUUAAAGGAUGUGAAGCUCAUAAAAGAGCAGCGCAGUGUUGAGGAAAAAUGAUUAUUUUUAGUGCUUAAUACAGUUAAUCUUACGGCAUGUGUAAAAGUUAUAUUCAACACUCUUAUUUGGAACAGGUUUUGUGUGAGCAUUCGGGAUUGGGCCAGAUGAACAGGCAUUCAGACAGGCAGGGGCCUCCCCGCUGUGCGGCUAGAUUACACGAAGCCAUAAAAUUAGCAUUCCGAUGGGGCAGAAGCGCUGGAGCUUGGGGGAAGAGACUUCAGAUUCCAAAGGUAUCUGCGAAGUCUCAUCUCAGGAUCUUUCUGCGCCCGGGACGGCCGUAGCACCACAGGGGUCAGGACGAAGUGGUCCGCCCUUUUGUUUUGACAGAGACCAGAUGGCCCUUGGAUCUUUGCCGUAAAUUAGGGGAGUUCCCAAGUUUCUCUGAGUGCCUAAGGGAGUUUCUAGUUGGUCGAAGAGCGGAACGCCUUGAUUGCAUAUAUUAAAUAGAAGAAACACCCCCUUAGUAUAAAAUUUCGUGUCAGCGCUAAAAAUUCAGAGAGCUGCCACUAUUUUUGCUUUUUUGCAUCGGCUCUGCCUUUUUGUUUGUCUUUGUCUUCGUUUGUCUUCGUUUUGUUGGUCUGUCUUCUCUGUCUUUCUCUGUAUAAGGAAAAAUGCAUAUCUCCGUACCUCUGCAGCUUUGUUAAUUGAUUCAUGCGUUGCUUUGUAUGGGAUUAAACUCUGUGAUCUGUGACGUCAACGCACACUGUUGUUGUUUCUCUCUCUUCUAGCGCUGCCCGCUAAGGAUCCCGGGAAUUUAAGGAAGAAAGAGCCAAACGUUUUGUCCAAAAGUUAAUUUUAAAUUAUUCUUUCUUAACAGCAGGUACAAAAUAUACGAGUAAAGGAAAAAGUUACCUAUGCAGAUGCAGUUAAAAGUAAUUUAAAUGUUAAUGCUAAAAACAUUUCUGUGCUCCAAACUCCAUCUGAAACAACAGAGCAAAUGCAGAACCAGAGAACCUUAGGAAGUACAAAGAUUGUGGAGAAAAAGAAAUUUGUUGCAUUUAUUGUGGAAGUAAUAAAUUGUUCAGCACAGACAGAUAGUUGAACAGAGCGAAUUAAAAUAAUAAUUAAAGCAGCAGAAAAAUAGCUUGAGAUUGAAGACUUGUCUUUUCAGUGCAGUUUUAACAACUGGGAUGAAUGAAGGUCAACAGUCCAGUAAUGGUGAAAUUUGAUGGUUUUAUCCAUAUUGCAGUGGAAUGCAAGAAGCUUAAUAGAGUUUAAUGUUUUUAUCAAAAGACAGAAUGUUAAACCAAAUUUCAUGUAAGAUACAUAUACAAAAGAUUAUUGAUAAAUGUAAAAAGGGCAUUAAUAUUUUGAGAUGUCUGUCUGGGAAUGAUUGGGAGCGACAAGCACGUCUUUGAAAAGAUUGUAUGAUGUUUUAAUUCGAUCUGUGUUGGACUCUGGAUGUAUUAUUUAUAAGUCAGCUGCUAAUUCUUUGUUAUUAGAUUUAGAUAGAAUCCAAGCUAAAGCGCUCCGGAAAUGUUGUGGUGCUUUUAGAACGUCUCCAAUUCCUGCUCUUCAGGUGACAACUGGAGAAAUGCCUCUGGACUUAAGGGAUGAAACUGUCAGCAAAUUAUUGGUUACAAUUACAAGGACAUGAGGAAAAUCACCUGCUAGACAGAUAUUCAGAGAAUGUUGGGAGUAUGGCCAUAACAUUAGGAGUUUGGGAUGGGAAGGAAAUAUUUAUGCAGAUCAUUUGGGGAUAAAUAAUAUAUCAUGCUGUAAAACUGUAAUUACCGGUAAAUCUAAAAUUGCUCCAUGGUUAUUUGAAUUGUCUAUAGUAAAUUUAGAAACCCACAAAAUAGAACAGUCCUUUGGAGGUUUGUAUCAAAUUAUUCAGCAGUAUUUAGAAACAAUGUAUGAAAAUAUGACACAAAUAUAUACAGAUGCAUCAAAAGAGGAAAAUGGUAAAACAGGAGUAGCAGUUUAUGUUCCGAAACAAAAACCUUUUAUAAAAUGAAGAACAACAGAUAAUUUAUAAAUUUUUACAGCAGAGAUGUUGGCAAUUAUUUUGGCAUUACAAUGGCUGCUGGAGGUGAAGCCAGUAAGGUAGUUAUCUGUUCAGAUUCAAUGUCUUGCUUAACCAGUAUUAUAAGUGGAAAACCUGGAAGCCGUCAAGAUCUUUUUGAUGAAGUUAGUUAUUUGAUAUAUAAAGCAACAAAAGAUAAAUAUUCAAUUCACAUGGGUUCCAGCACAUAAAGGAAUUGUAGGUAAUGAAAAAGUAGAUAAGUUGGCUAAAGAAGCAGUUAAGGCAAGAGAAAGUGAAUAUGAUGUAGAGCAGAACAUGUGUUGAUUUAUUGUAGAAAAUAUAUAAAAGAGAGGAAAGAACUGGAAAGGGUAAUGGGGAGUUCAGUAACUAUGGCUAAUUAAUUAGGGAAGCAUCAAUCACAUGAUACAAUUCAAGCCCUUAUUAAAUAUUUAAAAGAUACAAAAUUAGCUGAGAGGAUUUAGUAAUUGUGUGUGAGUGUAUAAGUAUGUAUAUAAUUUAGUUAUUUUAAGAUUUGAAGAUUUAUAGGAAAAAUGAAUUUCUGAAUUACAUCUCCGUCCAGUUGAUGGCGGUAAUACACAAAGUUUGUAAACUGCCAGAAAACGCUACAGAAGAAGAAGAGAAUAAACUCGUUGCUCUAAAUGAUACGAGUCUGUAGCGCUGCAGCUAACUGGUUUCCAGCUUCAGACCAGCGGGUUAACUGGUUCCCAGUGAGAUAAAUGAAGACAGAUUCUUCUCCUGGGUUCACUUCAAUGUUUUAUCUGUCAGUGUGAACUAGAAGCAGCUCCACAGAGAUGAAAACAGCCCGCAGAGACUCUGAGCGGAGCUAGCGAUGCUAACGAUGCUAACAGGCUCCAGCAGCAGCUGUGGCUCCUAAACUGGAGCUUCAGCUCCAACAGAGCUGAAUCAAAGCUCUACAACUCUGGUUUAGACGCUAAGAUGCUGAGCUUCCGGUCUGAAGGCCAGAAGAUGGAAGAUCAGGACAGAGCAGAACCUCCAGGACCCAUCAGUCCAUCUGUGAGGAGUGACCGGUCCAAACCAGAACCUCCAGAGUUCAGUAAUGAACCUGGACCCUCAGACAGAAAGAGGAGGAAGAGGAACAGCGAUGGUGAGAAGGAGCAGCCGUCCUGCUGUGCUUUGUGUCGGGAGGUUCUGAUGGAUUUGGUCUAUACCAGCUGUGGAAACUGGUUCUGCAGACAGUGCAUCAGGUCCCACUGGGACCAGUUUGCUCCAUCUGGAUCUUCCUCUUGCCCCCAGUGUAAAGAAAGACCCAGAACUGGAGCUGAACGGCCGACAGCCAAUCAGAGCAGCUCUGGUGUCUUAAUACCUAUUAGAGACAAUUUAAACAAACACAGGAAAGACAAGAGAAAGAAGUUCCAGAGUCUCUUUGAAGGCGUCGCUGAACAUGGAAAUAAAACCGUUCUGAACCAGAUCUACACAGAGCUCCACAUCACAGAGGGGUUAACUAGAGAGGUCAACCAGGAACAUGAGGUCAGACAGAUUGAAACAGCAUCCAGGAAACAAGAAACAACGAUCAGAAGAGAAGACCUCUUUAAAGUCCCACCUGGAAGAGAUCAACCAAUCAGAACAGUGAUGACCAUGGGAGUGGCUGGCAUUGGGAAAACACUGUUAACACAGAAGUUCACUCUGGACUGGGCUGAAGGCAAAACCCACCAAGACAUUGAUUUCAUAUUUCCAUUCACUUUCAAAGAGCUGAAUUUGCUGAAAGAAGAAAAGCUCAGCUUAUUAGAACUGAUUCAUAGCUUCUUCACUAAAACCAAAGAAAUCAGCAGCUUUGAAAAGUUCCAGGUUCUGUUCAUCUUUGAUGGUCUGGAUGAAAGUCGACUUGGUCUGGACUUCAACAACAAUCCGAUCCUGACUGAUGUUACAGAGUCCAGCUCAGUGGAUGUUCUGGUGACAAACCUCAUCAGGGGGAAACUGCUUCCCUCUGCUCUCCUCUGGAUAACCACACGACCUGCAGCAGCCAAUCAGAUCCCUGCAACAUUUGUUGACAUGGUGACAGAGGUCAGAGGGUUCACUGACCUCCAGAAGGAGGAGUACUUCAGGAAGAGAUUCAGAGAUGAUGAAGAGAAGGCCAGCAGGAUCAUCUCCCACGUCCAGAAAUCAAAAACUCUCCACAUCAUGUGUCACAUCCCAGUUUUCUGCUGGAUCACUGCUAAAGUUCUGGAGAAUGUGAUGGAGACCAGAGAGGGAGGAGAGCUGCCCAAGACUCUGACUGAGAUGUACAUAGAGUUCCUGGAGGUUCACUUUGCAAUCAAGGAGGAAAAGUAUUUUGGAAAAGCUGAAGAAGAUCCAGAGAACAAGAAGCUGAUUGAGUCUCUAGGAAAACUGGCUUUUGAGCAGCUGCUGAAGGGAAACCUGAUCUUCUAUGACAAAGAGCUCAAAAAGUGCGGCAUCAACAUCAAAGAUGCUGCGUUGUUCUCAGGAGUGUUCACUGAAAUGUUUAAAAGAGAGAGAGGGACGCGCAACAUCUCCGUCUACUCCUUUGUUCAUCUGAGCGUCCAGGAGUUUCUGGCUGCAGUCUACAUGCUCCACUGUUUCACCAGCAGGAAGUCAAAGGUGAUCAAGACGUUUCUGGGAGAAAAACACAGAAAAACAUCUCUAGAUGAGUUCAUGAAGAAAGUCAUGGAGAAAUCCCUCCGCAGUAAAAAUGGCCACUUGGACCUGUUUGUCCGCUUCCUUCAUGGUCUCACUGUGGAGUCCAACCAGAGACUCUUAGAAGAUCUGCUGGGUCAGACAGAGAACAGUCCAGAAACCAUCCAGAGAAUCAUCACCAACCUGAAGGAGAUGAACACUGAAUAUAUCUCUCAUGACAGAAGAAUCAUCACCAACCUGAAGGAGAUGAACUCUGAUAGAAUCUCUCCUAACAGAAGCAUCAACAUCUUCUACUGUCUGGUGGAGAUGAACGACGUCUCAUUUUAUCAGGAGAUCCAACGGCUGCUGGAUUCAGGGAAGGAGCUCUCAGAGACUGACUGUUCAGCUCUGGCCUUCAUGCUGCAGAUGUCAGAGGUUCUGGAUGAGUUGGACCUGGAGAAGUACAACACAUCAGAUUUUGGACGACGGAGACUGGUUCCAGCUGUGAGGAACUGCAGAAAGGCUCGACUUGGUGGCUGUUUGAUCCAAAUGGCUGAAUGUGAAGUUUUGGCCUCGGCUCUGAAGUCCAACCCAGAUCUGACUGAACUGGAAAUAAGUGAGAUCAUGCUGGGAGGUGGAGACUCUGAUCUGAAGCCUCUGGUUGAGAUCCUGGAGAGUUCAGUCAGUAAAGUGAAGAAGCUGAGUUGGAGCUACUGCAGUUUGUCAGAGACCAGCUGGACUUCUCUGUUCUCAGCUCUGAAGUCCAACUCGACCCAUCUGACAGCACUGACCCUGUACAGAACCAAGCUGGAAGAUUCUGGACGGAAGGAGCUCUGUGGUUUUCUACAGACUGAAGGCUGCAGACUGGAGACAUUGAGAUUGGAGGAAUGCAGUUUGUCAGAGACCAGCUGGACUUCUCUGUUCUCAGCUCUGAAGUCCAACCCGACCCAUCUGACAGAACUGGACCUGUACAACACCAACCUGGAAGAUUCUGGAGUGAAGGAGCUCUGUGGUUUUCUACAGACUGAAGGCUGCAGACUGGAGACAUUGAGAUUGAUGGACUGCAGUUUAUCAGAGACCAGCUGGACUUCUCUGUUCUCAGCUCUGAAGUCCAACCCGACCCAUCUGACAGAACUGGGCCUGAGCAGAACCAACUUGGGAGAUUCUGUAGUGAAGAAGCUCUGUGGUUUUCUACAGACUGAAGGCUGCAGACUGGAGACAUUGAGGUUGUGCAGCUUCAGUUUGUCAGAGACCAGCUGGACUUCUCUGUUCUCAGCUCUGAAGUCCAACCCGACCCAUCUGACAGAACUGAUCUCGUACAAAACCAACCUGGGAGAUUCUGGAGUGAAGGAGCUCUGUGGUUUUCUACAGACUGAAGGCUGCAGACUGGAGACAUUGAGAUUGGAUGAAUGCAAUUUAUCAGAGACCAGCUGGACUUCUCUGUUCUCAGCUCUGAAGUCCAACCCGACCCAUCUGACAGAACUGGACCUGAGUGGAACCAACCUGGAAGAUUCUGUAGUGAAGGAGCUCUGUGGUUUUCUACAGACUGAAGGCUGCAGACUGGAGACAUUGAAGUUGUUUUACUGCAGUUUGUCAAAGAUCAGCUGUGAUUAUUUGACCUCAACUCUGAAGUCCAACCCGACCCGUCUGACAGAACUGGACCUGGAAUACAACAACCUGAAGGAUUCAGAUGUUCAGCAGCUGAAGGAUCUUGUAGAGACAGUAAAGAAGUCCAGCUGGACUCCAGCGUCCAGCCGUCCAACAUGUCUAGAGACAGUGGUCCUCAUCCAUCAA